UUGAGGUUUUUAUCAUACACUGGAAGUCAUGGAAAAACUUCAGCAAGGUAAUGAAAUACCUAUCAACAACUCUAAUAAUAUUCCUCCCUUGAUCAUAAGCACUUCAUACAACCCUAAAACCAAGCACAACAACAUACCAUCUAAUUUCCACUACACACCAAAACACUCAUGUUUAAUGUUACUAAUCUUUCUAACCAUUUUCCUUCUCUUUCAAAUCCCAUCUCUUCAAUUCGCUUCGUUGAUCGAGUCUAAGAAGGAUGGCAACCCUCCCAUAGAUGAUCAUCAAGCAUCAAUGGCUGAGAAGCUUCGAGACGCGGUCACAUUCCUCCCAUUGAAGGACCUAAGGUAUGCCAGCACCGCUCACCAAGGUCAUACAUGGUUCAUGAGCUCCAUGAAUGACACUCAUGAGGAAGGUGAAGUGCAAUAUCAAAAAUUCCCUUCAAAUGAUUCAAAGGGUAGAAUACUAUGCAUUAAGGGGAAUGAUGUACAUGAUGGGUCGUGGAAUUAUUACGCACUUGCAUGGCCUGAAGCGUUACCCUACAAUGCCACUUUCAAGAAGGGAUUAACAUUUGUGUCAUAUAAUCAUUAUGAUUAUAACAAUAUAUGGCAUUGUUUAUCCGCAGUUUAUCCAUUUGUGGCAUGGCAUUUGAAAAAUGGGUGCAAGUUACCUUCUAGAUGGAUUUUGUAUCAUUGGGGUGAACUCAGAACUAAGAUGAGUCUUUGGCCAAGUUUGCUAUUGCAAUCCACUUUUAGUGGGCCUCUCAAUAUUGAUGGGUCAUAUUUUCGGAUAUAUAUUAAUGAUGCAAUGUAUGACAGGUUUGAAGGGGUGGAAGAAGAGCAUCCAAUCUGCUUCGAAGAAGCAGUGGUGAUGAGGCAUAAUGAGGGAGGGAUGUCAAGGCAGAGAAGGAUGGAAACUUAUGAUCUCAUAAGGUGUAAAGCAAGAACAUUUUGUAAUGUGAGCUUAAACCGUAAGGUUAAUGAUAUUGGAAUGACACUAUUCAUGAGGACUGGGCCUAGAUCUUUCAAAAAUGAUGCAGCUGUUAUUGACAUCUUUAAAAACGAAUGUCACAAGAUUAACAAAUGCCGAUUAUUGGUCGCUUACUCUAAUAACCUCACAUUUUGUCAACAGGUCAAAUUGAUGAGCUCAACAGAUAUUUUGGUAUCACCUCAUGGUGCCCAAUUGACGAACAUGUUCCUAAUGGAUAGGAACAGUAGUGUAAUGGAGUUUUUCCCAAAGGGGUGGCUUAAGUUAGCUGGGGUAGGCCAAUAUGUCUACCAUUGGCUUGCAAGUUGGUCAGGGAUGAUACAUCAAGGUGCUUAUCGUGACACCAAUGGUGACAAUUGUCCCUAUCCUGAAGAUGAUCGUCGAUGUAUGUCCAUUUUUAAGAGUGGUCAAAUUGGAGUUAAUCAUACUUAUUUUAGGGAUUGGGCUAAAUAUGUGUUGAAUGAGGUGCAAAUUAGGAAGAUAAAUGAAGCUAAUUCUAACAAGAGUCUUGAGUCUAAAACUAUAAGUUGCGGUUGUGAUAUGUGACGUGUUUAUGAAGAUUAG